ACCAAACCAUCGACUUUUUGAUUGCCAUAAAAAAUGUGCUCCUUAUUUUUGCGAAAAAUCUGCAGAUAACUUAGUUGAUAACUGCAAGACAAAUGAAAAUGAUGGUAUAGUCAAAGAAAUUAAUAUAAUUGUUUCUCGUUUGGCUAAUAAUGCAAAGAGUCUUAUAUUGGACGUAGACAAUAACAUUUGCGAACAAUUUAAUAGUGUUAUUAAUAAAUUUCUUGGUGGCAAAAGAAUAAAUUAUAAUCAAAGGAGUUCUUAUAAUACAAGGAUAUUAGCAGCCGUGGUUAGUUUUAAUUCUAGCGAGUAUUUAAGAGCUGUAAAAAAACAUAUCACUCAAACAAGUCCUGGAAAAACGGCUAAAUCAUUUUUGAGUCAAGUAAUAAAAAAACGUUCUGCUUGCCAAAAACGAAGACGACUUUCGACCAAACUUAAAUAUAAAGUAAAACGACGACCAAAAGCUAGUUCCAAACCAGACGAACAUUAUGGUAACGCAGACAUAUUAGACGGUAUAAGAGAAGUCGAUGAUCCAUCAUUUGUAAAAGAUAUGGAACAGUUUCUGAAGACUUUAUAUGACGUCAACCGCACCACAGUAGAAGAAACUACAAGACAUCAAGCCGAAAGUGAAAACUGGAGGGCAGAAAGGAUGAUUCGACUCACCGCUAGUAACUUUGAUCGUGUAUGCAAAAUGCGUCGUAAUACUAGUUGCAAAAAUAUAGUGCAUUCAAUCUUAUAUCUAACAUUCAAUAACAAGUCUGUCCAGUAUGGUAGGGAUAUGGAAGACGAGGCAAAAACAAAAUUUGAAGAAAAGUUCGGUUACAAAAUAAAAAAAUGUGGUCUUUUGAUUGAUACGCAAAUUCCAUAUUUAGCUGCUAGUCCAGAUGGAAUUAUUGGUGAUACUGCUAUCGUUGAAAUUAAAUGUCCUUAUGCUGCAAAAGACACGGAAAAUGAGAUGGAGGCUGUAUCCACUGGCAAAGUUUGUUUUCUACUAAAAAAUACCUUUCCUUAUUUAUUUUUUUAA